AUGAAAUGGCCACUCGGGGACCCCAUCCAUUCCGAUGACGAACGGAAAUUCCGACACGGCCACAACGCCGCCCUGCCCUACGACGAGCUUACCACGGACCCCGAGCGGCCUGUCGCCGCCUUCAUCACCGUACCAUGGCCGGAGGACGUACAGGUUGUAGCGCUCGAGGACGCGCUCGACUACGUAUUCCGUGGCGUCGGCGCGCAAAAAGACGAAGCAGCCGGCGUGCGGACACGGCACGGCCGAGAGCCAGGGCGGCUGGGGUGAUGUCUGACAUGGGCACGACGGUCUGGGGCUCGGGUCUGUGGAGAUUAGUGCUCGGAGGCGGGUCAGGACGUUGCUGAAGUGGGAGGAGAGGAAUUGUCGCAUUUGCUAUGAGUUUUCUUUUUUUUUCUUGUAAUGUUUGGGGGUUUACUGGUGUAUGUAAGAACUUUUGUCUUUGGAGCUGUGCUGUUUUAAGGGGAGGAUGGGAAGGAAAAGAGGGGAAAAAAAAGGAACGAAAUUUUGGAAUCGCAUGUUUGUGACCUGCAGAGACAGAACUCUACUUGGUUUAUAUACGUGGGUUUUUGCGAAAUGGUAGAGUCGAUUGAGAGUGUGACAUUGAAGAAAUCUGUGAGUCUGUGGUUAGUUGGUAGCUGUUCGACGUGAUGCUGCUGCAAGUUGGACGAGUAUACGAUUUGUCGGACAGCGUCACCACGAAGAAUAUGGGUUGGAGUCCGAGAACCACAGUUUGAAAACUGGUUUCUACUGUAAAGGAAUCCCCGGAUUCCUUGCGAAAG